CUACUGCUACAGCGGGGCAGAUGUCUGCUAGCCGUACCCCGCCAGCAUUCCUAUCAAAGCCAUUUGUCAUUCAUAACUCCCUUAAAGGUCAUUCUCUUUGCCAUUCUACUUUCCGUAUCUUCAAUACUCAAUCUGCAGGUGAAUCCACGGGAAUACUGCUUUCUUACCAACACAAUGGCUGCACCCCCGUCCGACCUGCCCGAGAUGGAGUACCGUUUCCUGGGGCGUUCUGGGUUGCAGGUUUCGGAGAUCUCGUUGGGAGGUUGGCUUACCUAUGGAGGCCAUGUCGAUGAUGAAAAGACUUUUGCUUGCCUGAAAGCGGCCUAUGACGCCGGCAUCAACUUCUUCGACUGUGCAGAGGGUUACGCAGGCGGAGAGAGCGAGAAGGUCAUGGGCAGAGCAAUCAAGCACUUUGGCUGGAAGCGCAACGACAUUGUCGUCUCCACAAAGAUCAACUGGGGCAGCGCCAAUUCUGCCCUCCCUGCCCCCCGCAACAAAAUCAACAACCUUGGUCUCUCUCGCAAGCACAUCAUCGAGGGCACCGACUUGGCACUUGAACGCCUCCAACUUUCCUACGUCGACAUCAUCUACGCCCACCGUCCAGACCGCCAUACCCCUAUGGAAGAAACCGUGCGAGCCUUCAACCACGUGAUCAACACUGGCAAGGCAUUCUACUGGGGAACUUCCGAGUGGCUUGCCUCCGAGAUUGAGGAAGCGUGGGCGGUUGCUGAUCGGCAUGGACUGAUUGGCCCUAUUGUGGAGCAGCCUGGAUACUCCCUGCUGAGGCCCGAGAAGGUGGACGGGGAAUUCAAGCAUGCAAGGCUGUAUUCCCGCCGCGGACUGGGACUCACCGUCUUCUCUCCUCUCGCCGGCGGUCUUCUGACGGGCAAGUACAUUAACGGAAUACCGCCGGACUCUCGUCUUGCCACUUCCAAGGACGGAUACAUUCAGUCCGUGGUCGCUGGCGUUGGCAACGAGAAGUGGAAUAAGGAGCAAGAGAGUGUGAAGAAGCUGAUCAAGAUUGCCGAGAGAUUGAACACCGAUGUAGCGACGCUCAGUCUUGCGUGGGUGCUCAGCAAUAACGUUGUGAGUUCAGCCAUCACAGGAGCCAGUCGACCGGAGCAGUUGUGGCAGACUGUGAAGGCGGUCAGUGUGAAGAAGCAGCUGACGAAGGAGAUUCUGGAUGAGAUUGACGAGGUGAUGGGUAACAAGCCCGAGGAGCUGACUAUGAGAUUUGGUUAGCGUCUAUCAAGAUGGAAGAUCUACCGAAUAUACAUGUCCUACCGCUAUUUAGACAAUAAUAGACCGCAAAGAGUAGAGUACUCAGCCAGGUGGCGACAUCAGGUCCAUAGCGCUAUUCCCA